UUUAAAAAGGAGAUGGAUUUGCAAUUGUAUGUAGCAGGGUGUGUGUAAAAGUAAAACCCUAGAAAGUAGUCGAAGGAAGAUAGGCGUUGUGAAGAGUGGUGGCGGCAGCACAUCACGAGAGAAGACAAGUGAAGAAGGUGAAUCAAUGGUUUCAAUUGGUUCAAAAGCAUUACGAAGAAGAAGAAGAAGCUCAAUGGGUCGAGAAGGCAAGAAGAGUAAGAAACCUAAGAAGGGUUCUUCUACUCAUGAAUAUGAAUCUGAUACCAACAACAACAACAACAGUUAUUCUUCUUCUUCUUCUUCGCGUAUUAGGAAACAGGUUGACCCUGAAACUACUAAAUAUUUGUCUCAAAUCUCUAAUCUUUUUGAAUCCGAUGGCGUUGCUUUGGAGGAACGAUCACUCAUAUGCGCCAAUGCACUUGAAGAAACAAAGGGUAAAGAAUUUGAAAUUGCAACUGAUUAUAUUCUCAGCCACACUUUGGAAACCAUCCUACAGGGUUGUGAUGUCGAUAAUCUCUGUGCUUUCCUUCAUAGCAGUGCCAAUCAAUUCCCCUUCAUUGCUAUGGAUAGAUCAGGUUCUCAUGUUGCCCAGACUGCCAUCAACUCUCUCGCUUCUCAUCUUCAAUACGACUACGACCAACAUACUCACUCUCUCGUUGAGGAAGCUCUAACCCUUAUAUGCAAUGUCAUUGCCGCCAAUUCUCUUGAUGUUAUGUGUAAUUGCUACGGCUCCCAUGUGCUUCGUACUCUUCUUUGCCUUUGUAAAGGAGUACCCUUAGAUAACUCUGGAUUCUAUCUCUCUAAAUCCACUACCGCUCUUGCUGAACGUUUGAAUUUUAAACAAUUCUCUUCAAACAAGGAUGCUUUUCACUCUGGAUUCCCAAUUUUAUUGAAUUCACUUGUUUCUCAGAUGUUCAACCAUGCUACAAAAUACAUCAAGUCCCUUCAACUUGACCAAUUUAGUAGUUUGGUUUUUCAGACAACUCUAAGGGUGCUGGCAGGCAAUGAUGAACUGUUGUUAGAUGUCAUUCCUAUCCUUCUUGGCUGCAAGAAUAAGAACAAUGCUGAGGGGAAUCUUAUAGAGACUGCAAUAGUGCCAGAGCUCAAGAAUUUGUUCAAAGAACCUGGCUUUAGCCAUCUAAUGGAGGUUGUUUUGGAAGUGUCUCCUGUAGCCUUGUUCAAUGAAUUGUUCACAAAAGUAUUCAGGAAUUCCUUGUUUGAGUUAUCGUCUCAUCAACAUGGGAACUUUGUUGUUCAAGCAUUGAUUUCCCAUGCAAGCGAUCAAGAUCUGAUGGAGCUGAUCUGGGAUGAGCUUAGGCCAAAUAUGGAGGGUCUUUUCCAAAUGGGAAGGUCGGGAGUGGUUGCUUCACUUAUUGCUGCAUGUGAAAGGCUUCAUAUUAAUGAACAUAAGUGUUGUCAAGUCCUUGCUAAAACAGUGUGUUUAGCAGACGAGUCUUCAAAAUGGAUUGUUCCACGACUACUAUUUCUUGAUAGCUAUUUCAAUUGUGAAGAUAAAUCCAGUUGGAUCUGGCAAAGUGGAGCAAAAAUGAACGUCAUGGGGUCUCUGAUCCUGCAGUCAAUAUUCCGGUUUAAUAGUGAAUAUAUAAAACCUUUUAUCACCAGUAUAACAUCCAUGGACACAGCUCAUGUUCUUGAGGCGGUGAAAAAUGCUAGAGGAUCACAUGUUAUUGAGGCUUUUCUGUGUUCAGGUGCUCCUGGGAAACAGAAGCGCAGAUUGGUUGCAAAACUACAGGGGCAUUUUGGAGAGGUUGCACUCCACUCAUCAGGUGCUUUUACCAUUGAAAAGUGCUUCACAGCCUGUAACCUAUCACUAAGAGAGACUAUAGUGUCUGAACUAUUGGCUGUGCAAAGUGAGCUUUCGAAGACAAAGCAGGGCUCUUACCUAUUGAGGAAAUUAGAUGUUGAUGGAUUUGCUGCAAGUCCAGAUCAUUGGAGGUCAAAGCAAGCAUCCAAAGAAUCUACUUAUAAAGAAUUUUAUGCUACGUUUGGCUCCAGUGAUACAAGGUCAACCAAAAAUGAUGGCUUCCUUGCUGAUACCUCAAAUAAUAAACCUAAUUCAAAUAAUGUGAAGGAAAUGAGAAAAGAAAUUGACCAAUCCCUUGGUUCUUCAUCAUUUCUGAGCACGGAUGGCUUUAACAGAAACCCAAAAAAAGCAAAGCAGAAAAACAAGAAAAACGCUGAGAUUGGUGGAAAUGAAGAUGACUCGAGUAGGAAAAAGAAAAGGUCUAAGAAGGAAAAGGUUGAAAGUGGAUAUGAUACUGCUGGUACUAAGGCAGCCAAGACUGCAAAGAAACGACAAAGAAAUCGUGAUGCAUCUGAGGCUUCGGGGAAGAAAUUAAAGACAUCAGACGAGUAGAGUGGAAGACAAUUUUGUUUAUUGAAUUUUAAGAAAAAUGAUGGCAUUAAGCAUGGUUAAUUUAUUUGCUCUUUGCUAGUAAUUUUGUAUCAUCUACCACCUACACUGAGUACUUAUUACUGCAAGUGCAAAAUAUAGAAAAUUUUCCUCCAAAGAAUACCCUUGGAACCGGAAAUGUAUGACUUAACUUCAAAUAUUGAGAUCAUUCUGACUUUUCUAGAUUCUAAAAUACAAAA